UCGUUACGCUCCUAAAACAUUUACAGAUUGUGUUGUGUACUCCGAUGCUCGCAUAAUAAGUCACCAUGUCUACUGAGAGUGUGCUGUUAAUGUCUGUCAGUGGAGAGCAGGUACGAAAAGGAUGAAUUCAGCUAAAAUCAAGCUAUCGGGUCACAUAUCAGCUUCAUUCCGGUUGGUUUGUUCCGUAACACUGUGUAUGUUUGUAGUCUCCUAGAAAGAUGUCGGUCUGGUGUCACGUGAAAAGUAAAGCACAGGAUCAUCGCUGUGAGUCCUGAAUGUUAACUUCUGUCUUCUCUGAAAGCUGACUGCGUCUCCAGGAUGGCAGACAGAUUUUAAAGAGCCACUGGAGUGAGUUCGAAUACGGUCAGCUUCUUCUGAUCACCCCUACAUAACACCAUCCCCUGGAUUCCUCAGUUUCCUUCCCUGCGUCCUUUGAGAAUGGAUGGACAGCAGUCUCUACAGGCCAGCGUAAACUCCUCUUACAUUCCCACCACCGUCUCCUCCGUGUGUGAUGAAGAGCACUCGGAGGGUGAGGCGUCUGGGGACGACGCUUCACUGUUGGUUUCCCGACAACAGCCGGCAGGGCCCCUGGCGGCCCGUCACUGCCCCGAGGACUCCUACAAUCUGGUGUACAUCAUCUUCUUUCUGAUGGGCAUCGGCUCUCUGCUGCCCUGGAACGUGUUCAUCACGGCCAAACAGUACUGGCUCUACAAGCUCAGUAACAGCUCCAGUCCCGCUAGUCAAGAGGAACCUCACAGUGACCUCAGUGACUACUUUGAGAGUUACAUUGCCAUCGCAUCCACAAUUCCCUCAGUGUUGUGUCUCAUCCUCAACUACCUCCUGGUUAACAGGUUUUCCUCUCAGGUGCGGAUAAUGUUCUCUCUCCUGGUGAUCUUGGUGGUGUUUGUGGUGACCACAGCGCUGGUGAAAGUGGACAUGUCUGGCUGUAGGAUGCAGUUUUUCGGAGGAACGCUGGUCAGUGUGGCUCUGGUCAGCGGGGCGUCCAACAUCUUCUCUGGCAGUGUGUUCGGUAUCAGUGGCCACUUUCCAAUGAGGAUAUCUCAAGCAAUCAUAUCAGGUCAGGCUAUGGGUGGCACUUUGAGUGCUUUGGCAUCGAUAGUAGAUCUUGCUGCCUCAAGUGACGUGACCAACAGUGCUCUGGUGUAUUUCAUCACGGCAGACGUCUUCACUCUCAUCUGUAUCAUCAUGUACCUGCUGCUGCCCAGACUGUCUUACUCAAGAUACUACAUGGAAAAAGCAGCCAUGCCCUUUAGUGAGUCCAUCAGCCACAGCAGCCACUCAGACUCGUCUGGAUCCGUGCCGCCCCUCAGACCCAUCCUGAAGAAGACCUGGGUUCUGGGCUCCUGCGUCUUCUACGUUUUCUUCAUCUCCAUCAUGAUUUUCCCCGCUCUUUCCUCGGGCAUCCAGUCCAUGAAUAAAGACUCUGGAAACCCUUGGUCUACCACAUACUUUGUGCCUCUGACUAGUUUUCUGCUCUACAACAUGGCAGACUUCUGCGGGCGCCAGGUCACGGCCUGGUUGCAGGCGCCAGGCCCCACCAGCCGCAUGCUGCCUGUGCUGGUCGUCUCCAGAACCGCGCUGGUUCCUCUCUUCAUGUUCUGCAACUAUCAGCCCCGGUACCACCUGCACGAUGUGUUUUUUGCACAUGACCUCUUCCCCGUGGUCUUCGUCUGUCUGCUGGGGAUUUCUAAUGGGUACCUUGGCACGCUUCCCAUGAUCUACGGGCCCAAAGUGGUGCCGCGGGAGCUGGCUGAGCCUGCGGGGGUCGUCAUGUCCUUCUUCCUCACGCUGGGACUUGCUGUGGGUUCAGCCUUCUCUGUGGCACUCGUUCACUCCAUCUGAGUCCAAAUGAAUGCCCAACAGACCUCUACAGUAUUGCCCCAAGACUGAUCGUUUACACUACAGCACUCAAGAAGACUUUUGCCAAUUAAAAAAAAAAAUCUUUUAUGCAUUUUAUUGGACACAAUGAAAUAGUUUUUUUUUUUUUUAUAUAUAUAUAUACUUUUCUAAUUGCUUUUAUGGUCAUUUUUAUUUUUUCCAGAAAAUAUGCAAUCAUGUCUGUCGAUUUUGAUCUUUUUAUAAUAAAAGGUUUUUAUAAAAAGAACAAGAAGCAUUUCCUACAAUAAUAUACAGGUAUAAACACUUUUGCGGCGCUAAAAGGGCUGUAGUGGUGUUAAAUGCAACACUUACAGCACAAUAAUCGUAUUAUCAAAAUAAUAAUAAUCAAAUAUCAUCACAUUUUUAUCCCUGUGCAAUUUAAGAGUUGAAAUAAAGACAAAAGCAUACGGUAACCUCAA